AUGCUUCAGAACGUAAGAGCCCGUAUCAGAAUUCCUUUGGAGGGACGUGCAGUGAGUUGGGUCAAAUUUCGAGCCUUCGUUCCAUUCACCUCCUCCUUUCCCCCACACUUCCUCCCACCAGAGCCUGUAUCAGUAACCCUAUGGAGAGACGUGCAGCGAGUGUGGGUGAACCUGCGGUGUGUGCUUAUACCGAGUGAACGGAGCUCCCUCAGAGACUGGGACCUGUGGGGGCCGUUCUUCUUUAUAAUCACCCUCGCGCUGCUGCUCUCCUCGUCUGCCACACACAACAAGGUGAGCAUAAUGGACGCAGAUCAAGGCAUGUCCCUCUGCAUCUCACUGCACCCCUCAUGGACCCCCGCCUCAUGUCUUUUCAUUUGCGUCACAUCUCUCUCCUGCACCCCUCUCCCUCACACCACAGGGCGGGCGCAUCAUAUUCUUCCAGAGCCUCUCCCUGCUCGGCUACUGCCCCUCACACACAUACGCCCCUUUGCACCUCACUGCACCCCUCAUGUCGCCCUGCGUAUCUUUCUCUCUCUCUCUCCUGCACCCCUCUCCCCCUCACCACAGGGCGGGCGCAUCAUAUUCUUCCAGAGCCUCUCCCUUCUCGGCUACUGCCUCGUGCCUCUCGACCUUGCCGCCCUCCUCUGCCUACUCACCACCGCCAAGCUCGCCCGCAUGGCGCUCGUAUUAGUCACAUUCGCUUGGAGCUCCUCGGCUGCAUACCCGUUCGUGGCGAAGGCUGUUCCUGAGACUCGCAGGGUGCUGGCAGUGUACCCUGUGUUCCUGCUCUACACUGCUAUUGGCUUCCUUGUGCUCGCUAAUGACUAG